UGGCGCUCGGACGGCACAUUUGAGCUAUGGCUGGAACAAGGCACCUCAGUAAGAGUUUGGAAGCCUUUCGGGGUCUUUUCGGGAGCGGGUUACGCCCGCGCUUUCCACGGGGUGCACGGAUAAGCCCUACUACGCUUCAUUGGAGAUGUUUAAGCUCUAGUAGGUUCCUUGGUCCUCUAAUUAUGAAGUCCUGCUCUUUCCUGGACUCCAGAUCAAUUAUGAGAAAGCAGGUCCGGCCCUUCCUCAAUCUUGCAGCUCCUCUACUUGGUGCCAAGCGUAUGGAAUACACUGAAAUCCGUCAACUUCCGUACUCUGUUGACCAGAUGUAUGACAUUGUAGCCGAUGUUGGCAGCUACCAGCUCUUUGUUCCCUGGUGUAACUGCUCCCGCAUAAUUUCCCAUCACAAAGAAGUCUCCCAGGCUGAACUGGAAGUGGGAUUUCCUCCUGUGGUUGAGCGCUAUGUCUCGGAGAUCUCCUCAGUGCCUCACUGCCAGAUCCGGGUAAUGCAUGAUAUUCGGAUGGUUUAAAGUUCUAGUUACAAAUUGAAUGGCUUCUUUUCCUAGAAACCAGCUGCAUUCACAAGAUGUUCUAACCUCCAAAUUAUCCAUGAUUCAUUCAGAUAACUCAAUUUUCUGGGCUGUAAUGACACUUUGAACCAAAAACUAACACACUUAUUUGGAUUCAGAACAUCUUAUCAGAUUGAAAUGUGGUCAGCCAUUUUGUGGAUCAAUUAGUUGUGUUUCAAUUUUGUGGCUGUCAACUUUUAUGACCACUCCCCUGAUUGGCCCCCAGUGGUAAUAUUGUUAACCCAACUUGAAUCUGGUUUGAACUACUAGCUGCUGCUUAUUACUCAUUUCCCCUUUCCUGGGUACUGUUCUCUUAACACCAAAACAACAGCACUCUGGGAAAAACUGUAUUAUGUCAUUGCCCUUUCAAAAAGAACACUGGUGUUGCAACAGUUUAUCAGCCGAUAUGUGACAAACUUCAGCUAAGUCAUCAAAACCAAAGUUGGGUUCCCUUUUUUUAACACAUUGAUGAGGUUUUUAUUUUCCCACUUGAAGAUUUGCUAUAGCUGACCACAACCUGCUGCCUUCAGGAUAUACUGAUGCUGUAGGCCAUAGUCUAAUGUAUAUGGAAAGUAUUGUUAGAAAAUGCUAGCCUCCAUAUUUGUUAUCCA